AUGACAUCUCCCAAUUCCCAGGCAAUGAAAGAAAAGUCUAUCAAGGAACUGUUUUCAUCAAAUGACGAGCCAGAAGAAGAAGCCGGAAUUUUUUCGUCUCUAUCCUAUUUCUCUUCAGGAUUCUCAAAAUUAAGCGGAUCUGUAAAUACCAUAACUCAGAGACUCUCCACUAAACUUACGGAGACCCUUCCGAUUGAAAACGUAGUUUCAAAGCUUUCCUGCAUUCCAGACCAAUUCGUGAACUACGUUGAUUCUGGGAUCUCUUCACUUCAUUCAUAUUUGAGUUCAAGCGAUAUCGAACAAGCUGAGCAGUUCCGCAAAAAAAUGGACUCAUUUAUGGACCACUUGUGCCAAAAUCCACUUCUGCUUUUGGAUAACCCUUCAAUAUUGCUCCCAAUGCAAUUCCAACAAUUUGCCAACGAUCAUGACUCUUCUUUUGUCCCUAUAACCCAUCGACAUGCCAUACUUUCCGAAUAUCCUAGCCUUUUCGAGGUGCAGAGACGUACCUCAGAUAUUUUCUGGUCUCGAUUUUCGUUUUACUUUUGGGUGUGGAAUUCCUCGCCAAAUGCUCUGUCCAAAUCUUUAGAACGCAGGGAUUCUGAUGAAGACUCGUUUUUACAUCCGAAAAACCUAAAUUUUGAUGCUGAUGACGACCCUUUUGAAGAAUGGACCGAAUUUUCAGACUCAAAUUUGUCGCUCCCCCAAUUCUCGUUUCACGAUGGCUCCGAUGAGGAGUUUAGAAAAGAUCCGAGUUUAUCUUCAGCUAGCUCUAAGGUCCAUACAAGAGCAAAUGACGGCUCUCCUUGCGAUUCUGAAAAUUUGUCUAUUUCCUCGAGUACAGAAAAAAGCGGCUUUGCUGACUCUAAUGAUGAAGAGAAUCUGAAUGUGCUCUCUGUUGAGGGACGUCAAGACCGUAGUAUAAACUCGCCACCUAAUGUGGAGAUUGAUUUAGAAAAGAAGUACCAUUCAACAAAAACGGUUGCUAGUUUUCCAGGUCAACUUUCAAGUGAGGACACUUGUGUUGAUGCAGACAGUGACCAUGGUUCCAUUGAUGACCAGAAGUAUGCUCUUUCUUGCAAUGAUGAAAAUGAGUUUGGAGUCCUUGUUGACGGUGUGCAAACUAAUGGGACCCAAGCCACCGACCGGGGUAUUUUGCUGCCUUCAGGUGAACAUCCAAUCUCAGUAGAAGAUAUUUCAUUGGAGUUUUCUAGCGGAAAUCGCGGAGCUGAGCUACUUUUGACAAGUGACGGAUUUUUGUCGACUUCCGGCGAGUCUUUCACUGGUUUAUCCAACGAAGACAACGGUGUUUGCACAGACAACAUUAGGCCUGACCACGAGGACGACGGCCAACUGGAAAAGAGCCUUGAAAAGCUGGAUCUCCAUGCGGAAAGUCCUCUAUUGGAAACUUGCGGUGAUGACUCGACAGAUUAUGAAGAUACCGAUCUUUCGGAUGCAUCUUCAAAUUUCCAUGCCAAUGACAGCGAAAGUUCAUAUGAUGAGAUCCAACAGUAA